AUGUCCGACGGAAAAUAUUUCUCUACAACUAAAAGAGGUGAGAUCCAUGAGUUCAAAGAAGAGCUCAGGAGCCUCGAUAGGCCCAAGAAGAAGGAUGCUGUGAAGAAGGUCAUCGCGGCUAUGACAGUGGGAAAGGAUGUGUCGAUGCUUUUCCCCGACGUCGUCAACUGCAUGCAAACCGAUGACCUGGAGCUUAAGAAACUCGUCUACCUUUACCUCAUCAACUAUGCAAAGACACAACCGGACUUGGCGAUUAUGGCUGUCAACACGUUCGUGAAGGACUCUCAAGACCCAAAUCCCCUCAUCCGUGCGCUGGCUGUGCGGACAAUGGGUUGCAUUCGGGUGGACAAGAUCACCGAGUACCUGUGCGAUCCCCUGCAGCGUUGUCUUAAGGAUGAUGAUCCGUACGUGCGCAAAACGGCGGCGAUAUGCGUGGCUAAGCUGUAUGACAUCAACCCAGAGCUGGUGGAGGAUCGUGGCUUCUUGGACAUGCUGAGGGAAAUGCUCAGCGAUGCCAAUCCCAUGGUGGUGGCCAACGCGUUGGCAGCGCUGCAGGAAAUCCAGGAGUUGGCAGGCAGCGGCGGGAAGGAUCUGCUGCAGAUGACUUCCCAGACGCUCAACAAGCUGUUGGCGGCGCUGAACGAGUGCACGGAGUGGGGCCAGGUAUUCAUUUUGGACUCGCUGGCGGCGUACGACACUCGGGACCCAAGGGACGCGGAAAAGAUUGCGGAGCGCGUCCUGCCGCGCCUGCAGCACGUCAACUCGGCAGUGGUCCUGUCGGCGGUGAAGGUGAUUCUGCGCUGUAUGGACGUGGUGGCGCUGGGGCCCGGAGGCGGCGAGGAGACGAUUAAGACGUGGAGCAAGAAGAUGGCCCCGCCGCUCGUGACGCUGUUGGCGGCGGAGCCCGAGGUGCAGUACGUGGCCCUGCGGAACAUCAACCUCAUUGUGCAGCGGCGGCCUGCUAUUUUGGCCAACGAGGUUAAGGUGUUCUUCUGCAAGUACAACGACCCGCUGUACGUCAAGAUGGAGAAGCUGGAGAUUAUGAUCCGCCUGGCGUCUGACAAGAACAUCGACCAGGUUCUGCUGGAGCUGAAGGAGUAUGCACAGGAGGUGGACGUGGACUUCGUGCGGAAGUCCGUUCGUGCCAUUGGUCGCUGUGCCGUGGCGUUGGAGAAGGCCACGGAGCGGUGCAUCAAUGUGCUGCUGGAGCUGAUCCAGACGAAGGUCAGCUACGUGGUGCAGGAGGCCAUCAUCGUCAUCAAGGAUAUUUUCCGGCGCUACCCCAACCAGUACGAGUCCAUCAUCGCCGCGCUGUGUGACAACCUCGACAGUCUGGACGAGCCGGAGGCGAAGAGCAGCAUGGUCUGGAUCAUCGGCGAGUACGCUGACCGCAUUGACAACGCGGAUGAGCUGCUGGAGGCCUUCCUGGAGACCUUUCCCGAGGAGACCGCCAUGGUCCAGCUGCAGCUGCUGACUGCUACCGUAAAACUGUUCCUGAAGAAGCCCACCGAGAGUGCCCAGAAGAUGAUCUCCGCCGUGCUGUCGUGCGCCACCACGGAGACGGACAACCCCGACCUGCGCGACCGCGCCUACAUCUACUGGCGCCUGCUGUCCACGGACCCGGAGGCUGCUAAAGAUGUGGUUCUGGCGGAGAAGCCGGUCAUUGCGGAUGACUCCUCCACUUUGGAUCCCUCGCUGUUGGAGCAGCUGGUGUCGCGCUACCUGGCCACCGUGGCGGCGGUCUACCACCGGCCGCCGGAGACCUUCGUCAGCCGGCAGCGCAUGGCAGUCACGCUAGGUGUAGCCGAAGAAGCCAACCACUUCACUAAUGCCCCAUACUCAUCCCGACAGGAGGAGGAUGGCGCCACGCCUGGAACAAUGGUAUCGGACAACAACGCCGCUGCGGCGGCGGGGGCUGCAGCGGCAGCAGCGGCCAGCUCCGUGGGCGACCUGCUGGACCUAUCAGACGCUUCGCCGGUGCCCGUACCAGCGGCCGCGGCGGCGGGGAUCUCCCCUGCGGCGCUGUCGCAGCUGCCGGUGCUGCUGGCGAACCCCGGCGGCGUGUCGGUGCAGGGCCGGCUGGUGCGGCAAGGCGGCCAGGUGGUUUACCAACUUGCGCUGCGAAAUGAUACGUUGGCGCCCGUGGACGGUCUCAUGAUUCAGACCAACCGCAACAGCUUUGGACUCAGCCCUGCCAGCCAGGUGCUAGUGUUGUCUACCCCGGGCGGCAGUGCCAUCCCGCCUGGCGGCCUGGCCCCUGUGCGCGUGCCGCUGCUGGUGGACCCCGCUAAGGUCACCCCGCCACCGCUCAGCACCGCACUGCAGGUGGCUCUGCGAACCAACCAGGUGGGAGUGCUUUACUUCAACGACACGGUGCCCCUCUCCGCGCUAACGGAGGAGGGAGGGACCAUGGAGGCGCCGGAUUUCCUGGCGGCAUGGAAGGUGAGAACGCAUGGGAUUCGAGGAGAGCUUCCGCAAGCUCAACUUGGCUCAAUAACACGCCUGUAG